ACUCCUCCACCUCCUCCACCUCCACCUCCACCUUCCCCCAACCCCCGCGCCUCCCCGCUCCAGGAGCCGAUGAUUACAGGGCAGCUGAGCAAGCCGCUGCUCUCCCUGCGCGGCGACAUGGACCCUCCGGAGCUCCACGCGGACGACAAGCCGGGCAGCCCCGACAGCGACCUGACCGACGAGCCCCUGCUCCUGUCCGGCGACACCGACGCCGACGACAAGCUCUACGGUGCCCGUGGCGGCUCUGUCCGAUCUGAUGCCAGCAGCAGUCCCUCAGAGCAGAGUCAGCUGGGCCAGUCUCACCCAGCUUAUCCCGUUGGACCACAGUCUCUCCUGGUGGCGCAGCAGCUGGCGUCGGCGGUGAGCGGGGUGAUGUCCGGGGGUGCGCCGGGCCUCAACCAGCCCAUCCUCAUCCCCUUCAACGCGGGCGGGCACCUGGGCGGGCAGCAGGGCCUGGUCCUCUCCCUGCCCACCGCCAACAUCCAGGGCCUGGUGGCGGCGGCGGCGGCCGGAGGACUCAUGACCCUGCCCCUACAGAACCUGCAAGCUUUUGAUCAGAUGACCUCUGUGAUGAUGAUGAUGUGCAGCGUCAGUGUGGAAAACUCAAAGCAAAGCCCAGAAGAAAAUGCCUCUCCGCUCCAGCAUCUGCAGCAACUUCAGCAAAUGCAGCAGCACCACCAGCAGCAGCAGCAACAGCAUCAUCAACAACAACAACAGCAACAGCAGCAACAACAACAACAACAACAGCAGCAGCAGCAGCAAUCACAGCUCUGCAGCCAGUCCCAUCUCCCGGGGGCCAAUCACCUGGCCCCUCACCACCCGCUGAGCCCUGCCAGCCAACAGCAGUCCUCCUCUGGCUCCUCCUCCUCCUCGGCCUCCUCCAAUCUCGGCUCGGCACAGGCCCCACAGUCUCCGCCCCACAGGCAACAGAACCAAUCGCCUGCGCGCAGCCUGCCCUCGCCGGUGACCCCGCCCAUGCCUCUUCCGCUCAACCCUCUGGCCAGCCAGGCGGCCGUAGCGGCGGCAGCAGCAGCCAUGGGCUCCAUCGCCGGGUCCCAGGUGUUUGGCAACGCACUCUCCGGCCUGCAGGGCGUCACGGGCCAGCUGGUCACCAAUGCCCAAGGACAGAUAAUUGGAACAAUUCCUUUGAUGCCUAACUCGGCGGGACCUGGGAGCCAAUCAGGGGGAGGGAAUCCUGCCCUGCAGGUCCAGCCAAUCACGCCGCAGCUGCUGACCAAUGCCCAAGGCCAGAUCAUUGCCACGGUGAUCGGCAACCAGAUCCUGCCAGUCAUCAACACCCAGGGAAUCACGCUGUCGCCAAUCAAGCCCGGACAGCAGGCCCAGCCCGCUCCAUCGGGGCCCCCGUCCAGCCAGGCCAACCUGCUGCGCCUCCCCCACAGCCAGAGCCCGCUUCGCCAGGCCUCCUCUUCCUCCUCCACCUCCUCCUCCUCCUCCGCCCUCAGCGUGGGACAGCUGGUCAGCAGUGACAGGAAGUCCAACAUUGAAAUCCACCCCCAGACUGCUCCCAGCGAGGUGGACGGCGUCAACCUGGAGGAGAUCCGUGAAUUUGCCAAAGCGUUCAAGAUCCGCCGCUUGUCUCUUGGGCUGACACAAACUCAGGUGGGCCAGGCCCUCAGCGCCACAGAGGGACCUGCCUACAGUCAGUCUGCCAUCUGCAGACACACCAUCCUGAGAGGCCACUUUUACCUACCACAGGAAGCCCAAGAGAACACUAUAGCUAGCGGUUUGACAGGCAAACUGAACCCUGGCCUUUUAUAUCCUGCCAGGUUUGAGAAGUUGGACAUCACUCCAAAAAGCGCCCAGAAGAUUAAGCCCGUUCUGGAGCGCUGGAUGGCCGAGGCCGAGGCCCGGCACCGCUCCGGCAUGCAGAACCUGACCGAGUUUAUCGGCAGCGAGCCGUCAAAAAAGCGCAAGCGGCGGACCUCGUUCACCCCUCAGGCCCUGGAGAUCCUCAACAGCCACUUCGAGAAAAACACACACCCGUCCGGGCAGGAGAUGACGGAGAUCGCUGAGAAACUGAACUAUGACCGCGAGGUGGUCCGCGUCUGGUUCUGCAACAAGCGGCAGGCGCUGAAGAACACAAUAAAGCGUCUGAAGCAGCCCGAGAUGGGCCCCAUGGAUGCGCCCAUGGAUCCGCUGGGAGAUUCCUUGGAGGAGAACCCCUAA